ACAUCCAAGGCCUUCUCCCACACAGACACUACAGAGCAGAGUCUUGCUCCAGUAUCUGCCCUCUCCUGUACGUAGAGCAUCCAUCAGGUUCACGGACAAACAUGUCUCCGAUGAAGGUGUUCGGGCACCCGAUGUUGACGAACGUUGCACGGGUGAUGCUCUUUCUGGAGGAGGUCGGCGCCGAGUACGAGCUCGUGCCCGUCGACUACCUCGCCGGCGAGCACAAGCGCCCCCAACACCUCCAGCUAAACCCGUUUGCGAAGAUGCCUGGGUUCCAAGACGGCGAUCUCGUCCUGUUCGAGUCGCGCGCUAUCGGCAAGUACGUCAUCCGCAAGUACGGGACAGCCGACCUCGACCUCCUCGGAGAAAACAGCGGCAUCGAAGCAUCAGCAAUGGUGGACCUGUGGACGGAGGUGGAGGCCCAGCAGUACUACCCGGCCAUCGCGCCCGCGGUGUUCGAGUGCAUCAUCAAUCCCUCCAUAAUGCGUACCGCGCCGACGAACCAGACCGUCGUCGACGAGAGCCUGGAGCGGCUGAGGGGUGUGCUGGGGAUCUACGAGGCCCGGCUGGAGAAGAGCACGUACUUGGCCGGAGACUCCGUCAGCUUCGCCGAUCUGAACCACAUCCCAUUCACCUUCUACUUCAUGACGACGCCGCACGCGUCGCUGUUCGAUGAGUACCCCAAGGUGAAGGCCUGGUGGAAGAGCCUGAUGGCGAGGCCGGCGGUGCAGAGGGUCUGCAAGCAUAUGCCUACCAAGUUUUAGUUGCUUACUCCUUCCUUCCUUAAAUAAACAUCUAUCUUUAAACUUUAUCCAGAAAAAAGUGUACUUCUAUGUUCUAUCUUUUCAAUGUAUUUUAAUUAUUUCUCUUUCAUCGUACGGAAAUAAAACCAAUAGUAUUAAGCAUAAA